UUUUCGUUUGGUUUCACUACCGAGCUCCUCUGCAUCGGAGAGAAGCACAUUCUCAUCUUAUCGCAAAAACUCAUCUCCAUUUAGCAAACGCUUUGAAAAGGCAACAAGAUGAAACGCUGCAUUUUAUUCUUGGCAGUAUUAGCCUUACUUUCACCGCUGUGCUUGUCAUCUCCAGUGCCUAAUGGAGAAGAAAAUGCUCAGGAAGUAUCCGACGAUGUGAAAGAACUGGAGAGCCUUCGGGCAGAAAAUAAUAAACCCAGUAAUAAUACAGAUACAAAUCCCCCAGAAAAUACCGAUGGUCAGCAAGAGGAACCCCUUCCUACACCUCUACCAAGCACUGAUGCGGUCCAGCAAAACAGCAGGAGCGGCAUUUUCCGACACAGAGGAAUUACUGAAGCCAAAAAGAGCAAAUAUUGGAGCGAGAAUCCACCACCACCACAACUUGAUAAUAAUGGAUAUGGAAAAUAUGCUGGCAUCCAGUAUUCUCCUCAUGACCUAGCUGCUUAUGUAUUCAAUACGGGAGAUGAAGAAGGCGUAGCUGUUGCAGUAGAAGAACUUGUCAGAGAAGGAAUGAUGGGUCGAACGGAUGCAAUAAACUAUUUACAAGAUGUCAAACAGAUCUUGAUGUAUUUGAGAGAUCAGUAUGAGCACCAAAAGAAACUGGAACAGUCUAAGAAUAAAGCCUAUCCGAAACUACAAAUGUACCAGCGACUUCCGAGCCGUGAGCAUUAUCUUUCCGAAAUGGAUACAGACAAACGUGAAGCUGCUGAACCAUCCCCAGUGUCGACAACUGAACAUCCUCACCAAGGUGUCAUUGCUUCGACUGCUGAACCCAAAGGUCCCAUAGGAUCCACCCAAAGACCAAAGACUGAUGCUUCAACAGUGCAGGAACCCAAAAAGGAUGCUAACCAAGAUUUGCCCAAAGAUGUAGAGUACAAAAGGAUGCCGACCAGAAAUUCCAACACUUUCACAUUGGAAGUCAUCUAUAAACUUGCCAAGGAUAUGUUCACGCAAAGCAUUUUGAGAGAUGAUCCAACUGCUGAAGAUACUCUAUCUGGAUUGGUAACAUUUUUGGAAAAUGAAGUUGGCAACAAGAGAAUAUCAGCUGAGAUGAAAGAAAAAGUUUUAGAAGUUGUUUCAGCAGCUCUGGUUGACAGCUUGCGCGAUUACCAAAGAUAUCUCUCCGAGAAUCAAACUCCCAUUUUUGAUGAAUCUGGCUUGUAUCGACAUUUGUCUGACUCAAAUGGCUCACCAGCUUCAAAAGUUCCCAUGUCAGAGGUUUAUCGCAAACUCUCUACUCAAGGGCAAGAUAAUAUGCUGCAAUUAGGUUCAAAAAGCAACAGACCAAACUCAAGUUAAUCUUGAAGUAUGAUUGACAAUGCCCUAGAUGACGCAAGUUCAAGACUGCAAAGAUGCCUCUAAAAGUGUUACCAAUCAUAUCCUCCCGUAUAUUCCGUGUAAACCCUUACUCCCUGCACAUUAGUUAUUUAAUCAGUAUGCACGAUAUUAUGUCUCACAAUUGAUCAAAAUGCAACCAUUCUAUAUAUAUGUUCACUGUACACCACUUUCUGUUUUUCAACAAUUGUUUGAUCUUUUAUGAUGACAGUAAAUUAAUCCAGGAUACACUAUACAUUGUUACGUAGAACUUUUGUGACUUCUCUAUCCCAAUUAAAAGUUGAAAUUCUUAACAUUAGCAACCCUGAACGCUACAGGUCUUCCAUAGCGCCUAGGUCACAAUAGAAGAGUAGACAUUGGCGUCGAACAGAAAUUUCAUAUAUGAAAGCAAAGAUCAGAUUAGAAAUUAAUAUAUCUUUUUAAAAGCAGUGAUAUUCGGGAUGUAAAUAAAACUCUCAUUUUAUCGAAUUAAGCUGAAAUUUUUCCGUUCUAUUAAUUAAAAACAAGCAAACAUGGUUAGGAGUUUUAGAAAAACUACGUAGAUAUUAUUAUACAUUUAUAUAAAGUGUUAUUUUUAAAUCCAUCUGUUGGAAUAUUAGUUUAUCGCAGUAUUCGUGGACACGAAGUUAAGCUCAAAUGCAGCAAUAACUUAUGUGUAUGGUCAAAUAACUUGCUCAAUUAAAGAAGUAUAAGAUCAAAACUCGAUAUGCAAACAAAUUGUUUAAAGCAAAAAAUAAAAUAAAUUCAAAUGUUAAAAUUAGAUCUGCGAACCACUCUUUCAAGUCAAAUAAAAUUUUUAAUUCCAAAACUGGACAUACAGAUAACUUAUGCGUUUUAAAACUAGAGUGAAUAAUUAUGUAAUGCAUAUUUUAUACGCGUGAAUUAUUAUAAGCAGCCCCCAUUUUUUGUGAAUUUGAUACCACUUUCAAUUGUAAUAUGUGUAAAAAAAAAGUCACAUUUGGUAUGUGACUAGAUUUGGUACUGCUGGGUGAAUUGAAUAGAAUAAUUUUCAUAAAUAAAACUAUGUAUUUAAAAUAAGAAUUAAAUAGCCCAUAGAUUUAUAAAAUAAUAUUGAAUCUUUUAUUUUAAGUUGCUCCUUAUAAUUCACAUCACUCCAGCCUACCCAAAAGAGGGCAAAACCGUAUCUAGAUUGGAAAAAUUGGUUGCUCCAUAGGGUCCGUGAAAUUUAUUUUCUAGAAUAUCACUGCUUUUUAAAAUUGUAUAUAUAAUUUCAUGCCUACUUAUAACUUAUAUUAGGUAAAAAUACCCACUAAAUGAAAUAAAUAAAAUAUUAAAUCUGUAAAUAAGAGCGCCUAACUCAGAAUUGUGCAAAGGUGUGAACUUAUUUUUGGCAAUGAUUCUAUGGAUGAGUACAGAGUGAUUAAAUGAUGUUUGUAAACAGUUUCCAAAAAUCAAAAUUCUCUAGCUUAAAGCCCAUCAAAAAAAGUUCAAAAUAUUUUAUGUGAUUGUCAGUGAGAUUGAAAUGUCCACGGAUGAUGCACUUUUUUCCCCCUAAUUCUGUAUUUAAUCUGUUCACAAAGAUUUUGAAAACUUUUUUAGGAGUUUUAUAACAACACUAUGUGAAUCCACCUUAAUAGAGUUUUAAGCAUCUGUGUUACAGAGCGCAAAUGUGUUUAAUAAUUAGUAUUUGUAGACAAAUGUAGCAUAUUAGAGUGUAUAUAAUUAUAGCUAUAACACUCAAACUGAGCUCUUAUAUUCUAUUUAUUGCAAACUCUGUAAACAGUUCCUUAUUUUUUACCAUGUAUUUUGCUUAAAAAUGAUUAUAAAUCAUGCAUUAAAAUUUAUUAAUCUCAAA